UAUAUGUAAUAAUCGAGACAGCAACCUCUAUGUUAUCCCGCCAGAUGUCGCUCGUCUGAACGAAAGGCAUAGAACUUUCUUGAUGUAAAUGAAGAGAGUCAGUUGGAAUUGUCUGUCGGUGUAGUUUCUAAGUGAAACUGAUAAUCUUAGUGAUUAAGACUCUAAGUGACUAUAAAAUUAGUUAAUUGAAAUAUGUUUCUGUGUGAAACUGGAACCUGUGUGGUUCGAUCUUUAUUGUUUUAAGAGUCUGUGUGACUCAUGUUAUCAUUAAAGAAUCAUUAUCAUUAAGCAUAAUCAUUAAAUGUCUUGAUUGACUUUAUUAAUGGUAACCAAGGCAUUUACAUUUGGUGUCAGAAGCUACCCCGCCAUGUGAGUACAGAAUUUUCUUUUUUUCUGAAUCUUAAAGAAUAAAAUAAUGACUUUUCUGUCGAGAGCUAGAAAGGAGGACUUGAUUAAAUUAGCUGAGGAAUUAACUGUUGAUGUGCCCCCUGCAGCAAAAAUUAUAGAAAUAAUUAAAUGUAUAACUUCAUGUAAAGAAUAUAACGAGGAGGUAACGAAAAACCUCUUAGAAACAAUUGUUUCCGAAAGACUAGAAAAAGAAAGAUUAGCUAAUGAAAAAGAAAGAUUAGCGCAAGAAAUUCAACUUGAGAAAUUAAAAUCGGAUAAUUUAAAUAAACAAAAUGGAACUCAUGUAACUACCACAGACACAUUUAAAUCUAGUGAUCUAUCUAAAUUAAUCAAAAGUUUUGAUGCUAAUGAAACAGAUAUAAGCACAUAUUUGUUAUUGUUUGAACGCCAAGCUACGAGAAUAAACAUAGAUAAAAAAGAAUUCGUUACUUAUUUAAUGGGACUUUUACCGCUUAGUAUCGUCCAAAUUAUAGCUCAAGAGCCAGAAGAAUCC